GGAAAAAAGAAAACAGAAUUAUCCGCAGUGCAUCUGCACCCCAUCAUUUGUGUGUGCGCGGGAGGGUCGAUUGUCACGAGAGUAUUCCAAUAGAGACAAUCCCUUCGGCACAAUGAUCCUACAAAAUCACCUCGAACGUGGGGUUCGCGUUAAAGUGGGGCAACAUUUUGGAACCGUGCGCUACGUGGGCGAGGUUCCGAACACGGAUGGCGAAUGGAUUGGCAUCGAAUGGGACGAUCCUGUGCGGGGUAAACACUCGGGCACCGUGAACGGGGUGCAAUACUUCCAAACAAGGUCACCCAACGCAGGCUCGUUGAUCCGUGGCGAGAAGCUCACCAAAUUCGAGACGCUCGAGCAAGCGAUCACCAAGAAGUACACCGUGACGAAGGACACACUGCGCAUCGAUUCGGAGAUGUUGCGCGAGGUGCAGAAGCAAAUGCAUGCGACUCUGUUUGAGAUCGUCGGAAUGGAGAAGGUUGGCGGGAAACAGAGUAACCUAUCCGACCUGCUGGAUGUCUCGGUGUGCUGCAGCCCUGUAAAUGCGGCCGGCGAUCUGAGUCGUUUCAGCAACCUGCAAAUGUUGGACGUUUCGUCGACGCUGUUGUGGAACUGGAACGUGAUCGGGAGCAUCGUCGAGCAAAUUCCUACGCUGCAGGAGCUGAACCUGUCCAAUAAUCGCUUCGUCGAUCCGUACGAGGAGCAGAUCGCACUGCUAGCGGCAAAGUUUCACAACAUUCGAAAAAUCAUUCUCAAAAACUGUGCGCUCGGGUCGUGGUCGGAGGUGGUACGUCUGGCCCGGCUCUGGCCCGCUAUCGAGUACCUGUCGGUGGAGCAGAACGGCAUCGCGGCGGUGGACGACGAGGCGCCCUACAUUGUGGCCCUGAGUCGCGUGAAGCUUCUGGAUCUGCAGAACAAUUCCAUCGCCGACGUUGAGUCGCUGCAAAAUUUGGGCCGUUUGCCGGCCCUGGAGGAGCUGCAGCUGAACGGGAACGGCUUGAGGGAGGUGCGCUUCGCAGAGGAUUGUCCCCACAACGAGAAGGUGGAACUGUUUCGCCACCUACGUACGCUGUACUUGCGGAACAAUCCGCUCCAGGAUCAGUCCAGUGCGUUCAACGAGCUCGACAAACUGGCCCGGCUCGAGCACGUGACGCUCGAUCCGGAUCCGAGCGUAAGCUACGAGGAAACGGUGUCACGCAUCGUUGGCUCGAUCGCCGGGCUGCGGAAGUUCAAUCGCGCCACGAUCAACGAGAAGCUGCGCCGCGACUCGGAGUGCGACAUGUGGAAACUGUACGCGAACCGGUGGGCCGAGGUGCGCAACGAUGCGCAACAGCUGAAGGCGUUCUUCAAAACCCAUCGAAUGUACCCGCGGGUGAUGGAGCGACUUGGCAGCCCGGAACAGGUUUUGCCGGACACGCGCAAAAUAACGAACAUGAUCCACUUGCAGCUGCUGAACGAGCUGACGGGCGAAAAGCGCGAAAAGAAAGUCCCGAAGCGUAUCAUCUUGCACACACUCCAGAACCUGAUCGUCAAACUGUUCGGCCUGCCCGAUGGCACCAUCGCCCUGCGUCUGUACCUGCUGGACCGCAAGCGUAGAGUACGCAUGCCGCUCGAGAACCAUGGCAAAAGUUUGGACUUUUACUCCGUCGAAGAUAACGAUACGAUCGUGUUCGAAUAGUGGCCGAACGCGCUCGGCGCACGAGAGAUCCGGGAGAUGCUUACACCACGGGAAACGAGCCGCCUCCUUCCUUGCCGGGGAGUGGAUUGUCCUUACGCAUCACCCUGCUGUUUUUCCUUGAUCACGUUUCUAGCGUCACGCACGGCCCCAGGGGUCGGCCUGCCCGUUGGCUCUUACUAAUAGUUUAUGUAGCAGAAGACAAAUUGUAAGCAUUUUACACGAUGGCCUUUUUGGUUUCUAUUUAACCUUGAAUAAACGCACGCCACGCACAGCCGGUGUGA